AUGAAGCUUCGGCGCAGUUCCUGGCUAGCCCGUGCGGCAGUUUUGCUCACAGCAGCAGCCUCAUGGGUUUUCGGCAGCAGUUUCCUCUUUAUCGGACCGCUCGCAAGUCAGUCUCUGCCCGUUGCAAGUCAGCAUGGCCAAAGUGACAGAGGCUCUCUCAUCAGCCGGCAUGCAAGAGAAGUUGAUGAGGAGGAAGUGCUUUUCAACUUCAGAAAACCUUCGAAGAAGAAGGGUUUUGAUCCAAACUGGAAGCGACCGUUCCCAAAGUACAUCGUGAUGGGCGGCGUCAUGAUGACAUUCAUUGGCUACCUUGGAGGUGGGCCUGGACCUCAGAUCUUGAACCACUCUAGACCGGGGAGAAUGCCGUUUUUAUAUGUUUUUAUCAUCAGAUGUUGCUGA